ACUACAGCGUCGGCGGCCGCGGCUAGUGCCGCUAACACCUCCACCGAUGCACCUCCUUUCCAGCUGGGCAAACCUCGCUUCCAGCAGGUAUGCUGCUGGAGCCCCUUCUAGGUGUGCAUCAGGAGACCAGGAGCCAAGGAGGAUGAGGACAUGGAAAGAACAGCCAACAGCCCACCUCCUUCAGGAGCUUAUAAUCAAACAUCCUUCUACGGCCGCUUCAGGCACUUCUUGGAUAUCAUUGAUCCUCGCACACUCUUUGUCACCGAGAGACGUCUCAGAGAGGCUGUGCAGCUGCUGGAGGACUACAAGCAUGGGACCCUGCGCCCGGGGGUCACCAAUGAACAGCUCUGGAGUGCACAGAAAAUCAAGCAGGCUAUUCUACACCCAGAUACCAAUGAGAAGAUCUUCAUGCCCUUUAGAAUGUCAGGUUACAUUCCUUUUGGGACGCCAAUUGUAGUUGGUCUUCUCUUACCCAACCAGACACUGGCAUCCACUGUCUUCUGGCAGUGGCUGAACCAGAGCCAUAACGCUUGUGUCAACUAUGCAAACCGAAACGCUACCAAGCCUUCUCCUGCAUCCAAGUUCAUCCAGGGCUACCUGGGAGCUGUCAUCAGUGCGGUCUCCAUUGCUGUGGGCCUUAAUGUCCUGGUUCAGAAAGCCAACAAGUUCACCCCAGCCACCCGUCUUCUUGUCCAGAGAUUUGUGCCGUUUCCUGCUGUAGCCAGCGCCAACAUCUGCAACGUGGUCCUGAUGCGGUACGGGGAGCUGGAGGAAGGUAUCGAUGUCCUGGAUGGUGAUGGCAACCUCGUGGGCUCCUCCAAGAUUGCAGCCAGACAUGCCCUGCUGGAGACAGCGCUGACGCGAGUGGUCCUCCCCAUGCCCAUCCUGGUGCUCCCCCCGAUCGUCAUGUCCAUGCUGGAGAAGACGGCUCUCCUGCAGGCGCGUCCCCGGCUGCUCCUCCCUGUGCAAAGCCUUGUGUGCCUGGCAGCCUUUGGCCUGGCCCUGCCGCUGGCCAUCAGCCUCUUCCCGCAGAUGUCAGAGAUCGAGACAUCCCAAUUAGAGCCUGAGAUUGCCCGGGCCACGAGUAGUCGGACAGUGGUAUACAACAAGGGGCUGUGAGUGGCGGCCGGCCGGCCUGGGGAUGGAGCCCAAUCCAGGCCGGGGAGCUGGGGGCGGGGAAGGAGUCUCCUGGGCUGCACCUGCAGGGAGGGGCAAGCUGACCCCACCAGUCCUGGGCACCCGGGGGAGCACUGGGCCCGCAGUGGUAGGGAGACUAAUCUAUUCACAUGUUAACAUAAGGGUGAGGAAUUCUGACACAUUUCCUAUAAAAAAUAAUCAAGUGCAUUUCUGGGCCUUACGUGGGGUUGUCAAAACUCUACUCAGCACAAUUCUGUGUGAAGCUGAAAAACUGUAGAGUGCCCACGGGAUAGAAUUAGGAUCCUUUUAUACGUUGGGGUUUUUUUUCUUGUUUUUUUUAUCCGAAUCAAGCCUGAGCCUUGGCUGCAGCAGCCCAGAUGGUGGCAGCUGACCAGUGGUGGCAGUAGGUCUAGGCCUGGGGGCUGGUUGGUUUGGCAGAAAGGCAGGUAGAUUCAAAAUAUUAUGGUGGCCAGACCCAGUGACUCAUUGAGCUGGGCUGGGCUGGGUGUGAGGGUGGGGGAGGGGGUCUCCAUCUCACGGAGGAACCAGCUAUGACUGAAGUCCUCAGGAGGUGGCCCAGAGAGUCAGGAGCACUGGAGGCCUCUGGAAGAUUCUGUGGGCAGUUGGCUCUGAGUAUGGCUGGCCCUCAUCCAUCCUACAAUCUGCAUGCAGAACCAAUCCCUCUGCAUGAAGCCCAGUGCCUGGGGCUGGGGUCACCCUUCACGGAACCCUGAUCCAUUUGAGGCCCAGCUUCAGGCAAGAAGCCCCAAGAAGGAAUGAUGUUUGGCCUGCACUUCGACCUCCAUGGGAAGACCCUCCUUCUAGCCACCAGGCUGGAAGCUGGGCUGUGGGGCUGAGGGUAGGCCUGGAGCUGGACCGCCCUCCAUCAGGGGGCGGGGGGCUCUCGGGCCCCCAAGGCUGCCUGCUUCAUCCGACCGCUUCCUGAGUGGGAGGGGCCUACACCUGAGUGUGGAGGCAGGUUUCUAGGCACCCAUCGGAGAGUCAACAUCGAGCCAGGAACUGCAGGCCCUGGCUGUGGCCCGAACGGGCUGUGCGACCUUGGAGAAGUCUGCCCCCCUCUCUGAGCCUCUACUCCCUAUCCAGAACCAGAGGACUGGAUCAAGGGGUUCCCACCGGCUUUUCCAGCUAGACCUCGUCCUGCUCAGAUGCUGGUCAUCCCAGGCACAUCCCCAGUGUGGACACUGAACUGGGAACGGGGCAGGCCCCUUUGGGAAUGACCUCAGGACCUAGACCUUGCCUUUCUCUAUGUGAGCCCACAUCCUGGGAACACUUGAUCUUUGCCACUUUUCGGUUCUGAGGGAGGAGAUAGUGUGGGUGGCUGGGGCUAAGUGUGCCUCCACACCCACCCGCCACCUCUCACCCUACACUGGCCUCCGAGGCCACUUGCUGCUGGCUCCUGUCUCUUCCCAUUUGCAGGCCAAGAAAAGGAGAGGCCUGUCGGGGCUCUGCAGAAGAAAACAGGGCCUGAGGUGAGGGUGAUCAGGGCAAACAAAGAGGAAGCAUGGGCCCCAUUGUACGCUUCACCUGACCCCUGCUGGAAUGGAGCCCCCAAUAUGCUGCCUCAGAGCACCCCCACACACACCCCGUGACUCCACCUGGGGAGGGACCUGGCCAGAGGUGAGCACAUGCAUGUGGAGGUCAAGGAUAGGGCAGGGCCACAAAGAUGUGGCCCUGGGCGGCUCUCGCCAUCCUCCGUGCAGGGGUGGUUGUGGGAGGGUGGGUCUUCCACAGGCGCUGACACCAUGCACCACCCCCCUCCCAGAAGCCCCUGCGGUCCUCACUUCCCAGCCAGACCGUGCUGCUUCUGCAGAGCACUGCUCUGAGGGGGCACUCUCCUGAGGAGCAGCACCCCCUACCAGUCAGGAAGGGGUGAACACAGAGCAGGCAGGGAGAACAAAACAGCAGAGAAAAAGGGGCAAGUACUUUUGAGCCAAUCCUGCCAUAAUGUGACUGUGCCAAUGACAGGCUGGGCGUGUCUGGGUCCCCUUUGAAAAGCUCUCUUCAAGCUCACCCUUCCCCGCCUCUCAUCAGACAUUGUUCUUGUGCACUUUACCUCGAGACCAAAACAGCCCACCCCAGCCCCUGCUUUCUGGAGACCUGGUAGAGACGGGGUCUCUCCAGCUCCCUCUGGACUGGCUGCCCCGGCCCAGCCCCAGCCCAGCCCCAGCCCUUGUCAUCUCCACCUACUUACUUUGUCUCCUGGAUGAUUUCUGGUCAUACUCCCAAACGCAACUUCACGGGAGCUAAGGGGACUCCUCCGUGGAACGGGGUUGGCAGGAGAUCUGUGUAGCUCAGGGUGAUGGGACAGAGGGUCAGGGGGCCAGGCUGACAAGAAAAGGCCUGGCUUGGCAGUGGAAAACACCAUGAGGGAAAACAUUCGGCCAACAUCCAUCCCCCCCUCUGCUGAGGCCAGAGGAAGGGAGGCCUCGACGGCAGACCUGCUCAUGGCCUGGGAGGAGGCUGAGCUGGGUCUCGCGGCUAGGGCGCGGCUGGCCCGGCUGCGCCAGAACACAGGCGUACGGACAGCUGGCUCUCCAGCGCUGGUGUGCCGGCCCGACCUUCUUCUGGUCACUUCAAACAUUCCCUCGGGCUCAGGGAUGUCUUUCUCCCAUUCCGGAGAAUACUCUGAUGGUGCAGGGGCCAAAAGCCCAAGAUGUCUAGAUGGCUGUUGGGUCAAGGUGGCUGACAGCCCCCUUUCUACUUCCUGAUUGUGAGCUGGCUUAUUCUCUGUCCUGAGCCCCUGGCCUAGGAGAAGAGUGGGGUCCUUAGAUGAGAAGGGCCAGAGGACAGAGGCAAGUGCUCUCCCAGCCCCAGGCCGCGCGUGAGUGAGGCACCAGCACAUAUGCCUUGGCCACACCAAGGGGACUUUGCAGUGUCUUUUUAACCUUCUCAGAAAAUUUCUCAAUCUCCAUGAUUUAUGUAAUACUAAUGAGCUGUGGGCAAUAAAUGAUGGAUUUAAAGCA